AUGUCCUCCGACGUCUGGAAACCGAACGUUCCGGAUAAGCUGGACUGUUACCCGAUGAAAGAAGUUGGAGCAAGUGUCCGGGGGUGGGUUCUCGUAUUCUACCACGAAGAUUUGCUGCACUUGGAGCUAGAAGGAGCAGCCCUACCUCACCUUUUACUACACCUCUUAAACUCUGCGCAGAAGUCUCACAGGGGAUUCCUCGUCAAGGCCUACAAGGACCUCAAAUUCGAAAUCAUCAAGGGAGUAUUAAAUGAAACUGCACGUUCCCAAGAUCUCAAGGACCACGAUUGCCUCAUUGUUUGCUUCCUCUCUCAUGGACAAGAUGGAGGCCACCUCUUUGCCAACAAUGUGCGCUUCGACGAGGAGGAACUGUGGAGGCCAUUCUAUGGAGAUAAAUGCAAAGCUCUCGUUGAUAAACCAAAGCUAUUCUUCAUUCAGGCAUGUAGAGGGGAAGUUCUCGACGAAGGAGUGAAGGCAAUGGUGAGAAGAGCCGGCCACUCGAGAGGCGACACCCACGACAGUCAUCAGCGGCACGAGGAAGAAUAUCACCUCCCCACUCAUGCCAACAUCCUCAUUGCUCACGCCACCUACGAAGAGGUAAAGAACAUGAAGAAGGACGAAAGAACUUGGAAUAACAUUAGGAAGAACUGGAGACAACUUCGGGAACGCUUUAACUUGAAAAGCGAUGAUUUACUGAAAGCUUUGGAUGAGACUGACGGGAAGGUGUUCCGCUUCGGCGAGGUAGAAACUAUCAAAGCCAUAUCGGAACCGGAGAAACGUUUCGAUGAGAUAUUCGACAUCCUUUUCGCGAAGAAUCCCAAUGUGUACUAUGAUGUUCUCCUAAAUGCGCUGAAAGCACUGGACCGACAGGACAUCUUGGACUUCUUGGAAAGUGCUGAUGAUGCUCCUCAGUCCCAAACUUCGCCAACUGGCAGGGAAGAACAACAGCAUCCCAUCGGAAGCAGCUCUGACAGGGAGGACGGAGUCCAACUGCUUGCAGAGCCUCAAUCGAGUUCGGCAAGUGUCGAAUCAGCAACUGUCUCUGACGAGACCGAUGCGAGGGGCUACUCGAUCAGGAAAGUCAUUUCAAAACUAGGAGGGAAAAAGCAAGAUGAAGACUCAAGUGAUCCCAGUCGUGACCACCUUUGGAAACCUAAAAUACCUGACAAGCUGGACUGCUACAAGAUGAAGGGAAGCGGUGGAAAAGACAGGGGAUGGGCCAUAAUUUUCUGUUACGAGGAGUUCGAUCAGUAUCUUCAGCUUCCCCCUCGCAAAGGAGUGCAAAAAGACGUGAACAAUCUGACACGCGUAUUCAAAGACAGAGGAUUCUCCGUCAAAACAUACAAAAACCUUAAAUACCAGAGCAUCAAGGAAGAAUUGUAUGAA